GUGGGACCUUGCCUGAAUAGACUCGCUGAAAGUCAUUGGCAACAGGCGGACAGUCCUGUCGAAAAGACUCCCGACAAUGGCGGAGACGAGCGCAAAAGAAGGGACGUCAACGACCACCUCCCCCCAAAUCGACCGCACCUUCUACACCUGGUCCACGUUCUUCUCCAUCCUCACCGGCAGCGCAGACUCCUCCACCCGCGACAAGUACCUCAACACCCGCGAUCUUCUCAACGAAGAGGAAGACUGUCGGCGCUGCGACGAGAACAAGAAAUGGCUCUUCAAACACUCGCCCAUCAUCCGCUUCAUGCAGACCGAAAUCGCGCUCCUCGACGGCAGUAAAGACGGGCAAAGCGCCAACAUAACCGCCGACAACGUGCGCUGCCGGCGCUGUGAGCCAUGGCAGGCGCAGAGCGGCGGCUUCGACACCGAGUACGGCAUUCUCGUCUGCGCAAACAAGCUGCGCAAUCGCGGGCAUCUGGAGGACACGCUGGCGCACGAAAUGGUGCAUGCCUACGAUCACAUGCGCUUCAAACUCGACCCUUACGAUCUCCGGCAUGCCGCUUGUAUGGAGAUCCGCGCGAGUACGCUGAGCGGGGAGUGCAGAUGGAUGCGCGAGUUUUUCACGCGAGGCCAAUGGAAUCUCACGCAGCAGUUGCAGGAGUGUGUGCGGAGACGAGCGGCGCUGAGCGUUGCGGGACGUCCGGGCUGCAAGGAUGAUGUGCAGGCGGCCAAGGUGGUGAAUGAGGUUUUUGACAGCUGUUUCAACGAUACCCGGCCCUUUGAUGAGAUUUAUCGGUGAUGGGAGGCAUGCUUAUUUGCAUAACAAGGAGCCACUUAAGAGGGCGUUGACGAUGGAAAGGAAGUUGGGCCCUUCAUCACCCCAAUGAGAGGCCAGGAAUGAGGACCACGAGACAGGAUCAGCUCUCCUCGAACCUCCAGCUACCCGCCGACUUUCAGAUGUGUAGGCUCUGCGACGAUCAUGGCGCGGUGCAGCUGAUCAAUCCGGCACAGAAGCAUUCUCUGGGAAAGAUUAGAGAGAGCAACUAUGCAAAGGCUAUGCCUACUGGUUGCGGCUACUACGGGAACUACUCCUCUCACACCCAUCCACAGUCUACCACCUAGAGGCUUAUCAGAAUAUCUACCUACCGCCUUGUGC